UAAUCAGUUAUCUUGAUAAGGAGGGAAAAAGUUCAUAUUCUAUUUGUUAUGGUCCCGAUGAUAUACAUGUUAUAUUUUGCUUGUAUACUUCGCUACAAACAGUUCGUAUCACAUAUUUUAAGCUUUGUUAAUUGUAACAAAAAUCAAUGUUUGUGUUUGGUGCUGCAAAAACGGCUGCAUGAAUAGUGACAUAGAACAUCAGUUUGACUAUUAUUUUUUAACAACUACGUUCAAACCUUAUUCAUGUCCAUGUAUAAUUUACGAACCUAUAUUUACUAACUAUCUUUAAUAUCUCAUUAUAAGCAGGACGUAUCCACAAUUGUGCUUAACAUAUAUCAUCAAUUCAUAAUAUUAUAAAAUAACAGAUUGAAAUGCCCUACUUUAGUAAAGAUGUAAUAAACCAAGCAUUAAGCUUAGAAAUUAAAACACGUUUCUAAAUAUGUAGACAUGUAGACAAUGCCGUUGAUAACGGUGUAGAAAUAUGGUGAUAAACAGAAAGUUAUUAAUCUGAAGGCGUGUAGUUUUAUUCAUUGUCAAAUCGGAAUAGUUCGACGAGUAUUCAUUAUCAUUACGAGUUAGUACGUAUUGGAAAAAGUUCAACCACGUGUUUCCAGAUGUGAACAAAAAUUAACAAACAAAAAAACAAACAAACAAAAACAGAGGGUGUAUUUUUUGUCAUAUUAAAUAACAAAUGUAAUGAUUGUUAAAAAAAAUAAAGUCUAUAUCGGUAAAAUUAUGAUUGAAAAAUAUGAAGAAAUAUAGAAAUGCCCAUCAAUAAGAAAUAAAACAAACUGUAUACUUAUGUACAAAAUGAAAACUGAAAUCACAUUUAUUUUGAUGUUUGAAAUAUUUUAUUCCUCCAUUAUCAGCAAUUAUUCUUAUUUCGUUUACAUCAAAGUAUUAACCCACGAAUGUUUGUUUAAUUUGUUAUUAGCUAUGCAUAUGUCAAAGUUAGCCUUUAUAAAGCUAAAUUGUGAAAAUUUAUUUCCGUUUUAUUUUCAAUGAGUGUACACAUAUUUAAACGAAACUGAUAUCAGAUAUAUAAAAUUGAAUAUCAUAUCAGUUGGAGAGUCGAAACUUAGAAAUAAAUAAAAAUGUAUAUAUUGUAUUUUGUCUGCAUUUUUCAUUUUUUGUGUGCUUUUGUUUAUACGACGGAAGGAACAGAUUGUAAGAAGCAAUGUCCAUCAGGCGAGAUUCCUGCCUUUUGCACACGAACAGGCUCUAACAGUGAUGAAUGUGUCAAUGAUAAUAGACAUGGAAUGGAGCAUGGUCACUGGGAUGUAGACUAUAAAGAAGGAAAGCGUUGUAUUCUUAGGUGUGAUCCUGAUUUCGUACCAAGUGGAUGUCACGUCCAACGCAAGUGGAUAGAUAAAAUGCCAACAUGUAUUAAAGAUGAUUUGUAUAGAAAAGCUAAGGAUUGGGGAAAAACAGGAUUGAAAGUAACUGCAAUUGGUGGUGUUGCCGGAGCGGCCGUAGUUGCUGCAACCCCUGUAGUCAUUGGCUUUAUUGGUUUUACAUCAAACGGUGUUGCUGCAGGCUCUAUUGCCGCAGCGGUUCAAUCAUCAUCAACGGCAGCAGGAAGUAUAUUUGCAUGGGCUCAAAGUGUUGGAGCUGUUGGAUACGUGGGUGGAACAGGCUCUGCUGUGAUUGGAGGAGGAACGGGGACAGUUACCGGUGUUGCUUCUACUUAUCUGAUGUCGUCAUUUACUGGAUGUGAAGCAGAAUGACUUUAAAACUUAAUUAACUAUAACAAUCUAAAAUAUUACUUAUCGAUAUGUGGUUUAAAAACAUGAAAUUAAAAGAAGAUUUGAUCUGUAAUUUUUUUGAUUCCAACAUUGUUAAAUCAUUUGAACCGUUUGAGACUCUGUAAAAAAUGCAAAUUAUUAAUGAUAACUGUUGAUGGAGAUAGAUGGUUUAUUUACAUCAAUCUUAUCAUGAAAAUGAUAUUACCUGGGAACCACUUAUUAAUAUUGCCAUUAUUCUUCGACACAAAAACAAGCUUCGAUUUGCCAAUUUUCUUCCCAAAUCUAUACAAUAUUUUUAAGUUUUUUUUUUCAAUUCUU